UUUGGUUUUGGUGGUCAUACACUCUGUGGUCAUUAACAAGAAAGUUUUAUUUUGAGCGUUACUCUGAGAACAUUCAGAUCAAAGAAAUGACAUCAUAUUUCUUUUUCUAUAGAGUACAAGUGCAUACAUGUUAGAGCAGAUGUACAAGUGCAGAACUUGCUGGGUGGUCUGUAACGCAUGACUAUUGCUUUGACCAUCGUGGUCAUCCAUCAUCUGCUUCGUGUCUCCUCUCCCACAGGUCAGGGUCAGCAGGAAAGUAUUUAUAGUGUGCCUAGAUGCCUCAGUGUGUCUCCGCGGUAUGUGUAGUCAGCCAUGCUGAAAGGCACCUGCGUUCAGUGUCGCCGUCCACUGUUGCACCCGUGUGUGCGUUAGUUUCCUGCGUGAUUCAAUUUUGUGCUCACGUAGCCGUCGAAGCGCUGCAAAUGAACGCAGGCACAGGCCUUCUGCUAUCUAACACGAGCCCGGAGGGCUGUACCGCGCAUGUUUUUUCUUCCUCUUCUGGUACAAGCAAAGAGAAGGAUUCAUCAUUUCAUGUGAUGGUGUGUCAGGUUGUGUCACAUUGAAAGGCUAGUCCUGUCUGAACGGCACAUGAAAGGCUUCAUGUCACCACAUGAGUCUCAGAACAGCAGAAUACUAAGACUGUUCCACACAUUUUAUUGCAUUUUGAAGCUUUGCUGUUUUUUUCCUCCCUCAAAGCAGAUCUUAAUCCAAAAGUCUGACUUUUUACCUUUUCUUUCUUGCCUUCAGUCCCUACUUUUCUGUCCUAUCGCACUGUCUCGUUAAGCUGGCAUGCACCUCGCAUUUUUCUCCGCCUCUCCUUCUUUUUCUCUCACAUGGAAGACGAGCUGUGGCACGCAAGAAAUUUGUAUCAGCCGGCGUGCACCUUGCACAACGACAGAUGCACAGUAAAGAAAUGAAAAGAAUGAGGAUAGAAAGAUGUAGAAAGGUCAGAGAACAUGGGUAAACUCGCUGCACAGCCAGAAUCUUGCCGCUUAAAUUUUCCUUGUAGUUUCACUUUGGUGUCAGCUCAUAUCUCAGUAAAUGUCUUGGCAUUUAUGAACCUAGCAGAUAAAGACUUUUCUGUAUACCAGCCCUGAGAAGGGAAGGGGGGGAAAAAGCUUGAGCUUGGCACUUGCACGUAGCUCAACAUCAUCCCCUGCAGGCUGAUAAAUGUACUGCGCUGUUGCGUUGAAAUGAACUGCUACCAGCUGGGUUAAAUAAACAGGAGUAGAUGUGUUGAAUAGUGAACAGCAUUGAUUCAUUCCAAGCAGCGGUCAGCACUUAUAGAAGCUCAUGCAGUGAGUGCAGGGUCAAACAGACAGGACAUCCUGUCAGGGAUAAUGGAGACUUGCCUUUGUUGACAUUCAGGAGCGCGAGUCUUCCUGUUUGUCUAAUUGGAUUCUGUUCAUAUUUUAUGUGUUUUAUGUUGAGUUUGACUGUGAAAAGUAGUGAUUUACGUGCUGUCGACAUAGUUGAGUCUUGAAAUUGUUUCCUUCUCAAACCCUCCCUAACCUCUCCCUUCAUUCCUCAUUUUCCUGUCUUUUUCAUCUCUUCUUCUUUCCACUCGAGUUUUCCUAGUCCCCCUUUUAUCUUUCUCUUUCCUAUAAUGAGCCCAUGUGAAACUGUCUUCGUGUAAUUAAAAUGCACACCAUUCAUCUGGGAGGAAGGGAGUCUCCUUAAUCUGCGUCAACCCACAUUUUAGCCUCUGAGGAUUGCCUGCUGCAUGCCACACUCGCACACACUUCCCAGUUUCACUCCUCUCUCUCGACACUCCUACCACCAUUCCUCAUUGUUUGAGCCCAGCCGUGCUCUGCCGUGUCACAUUCAGUGUCGUGCACGCAGAAACCGACUGAAUGCUGGUGUUUUUCUGUGUUCAUUAGCUGCAAAUUAAGAGGGAUGACUGAGUUUAAUUGAUGUAUUCAGGCUGUUAGCUCUACGUGCAGCCUGUUUUUUCUCCAGGUGCUGAAAAGCAGAUUUGUCCCCCUUAUAAAACCUCCUCCUUCCCAAGAACUCCGGGGAAUUAACCUGCGCUCACUAACAAAAUACAAAAACAAGCUCACCUUCACCUUUCAGUAGAAGACAUGAAACCAUGUUUCAGUAGAUAUUUAGCACGUGUAUGUGUUCUUUAUUUUAUUCCUCUUUUCAUUUUUGGCCUUUGGAGACCUUGUAUGUGUUUUGCACUGGAGUCUGUGUCACGGUAUGUUCUCUUGGCAGAGGAAGCUGACACACCUCAGUGUGCUUGUGUAGUUUGUGGAUGGGUCAGAGCACGUCUAACAUGCUGCAUUUACUAAACAAACACAGCCCUAAAACUUAGCUAAAUUAUAUUCUGUUCAUUAGGACUGCGCGCUAAUGACAUUGCCGUGGGAAAUGAGCUGUUGAUUUCAAUUAGCGUGCCUUAUUUUGGUAAAGCCUCUCUCUUGUAUUUGAAGUCAGUAUUCUGGUGUAAGGCAGUGCCAAACAGAGUAUGCGUAUCUGUAGCCUGGAGGUUCAUGUUUUAGCAGUAACUGUAUUUUAGAGAAGCAGAUUCUUUAUUACCAGGGUUAAAUCUAGUUCAGCUUGAGAGCUAAGUUGAUUAACAUCUCUUGUGUAAACCAUCUGGACUAACAUGUGUUCACUGAAGUCUCCACCAGCUGUAGUAAAACUUUGUUCUGACAUCAGUAACAGAUAUGAGCCCUGCAGAUAUUUGUACCAUUUAUUUAUGCAGUAUUUCAAAAAAGUAUCUGAUGAAACCUAAAUUAUGUUCUGCUGUGAUUUGCGUUAGUUCUGAUUUAUUCUCAUCAGAUUUUUUUUAGGUUGUUCUUCUGAAUGCUUUACAUAGUUAUGUGGUGUGGUGUAGUGUGGCUCAAAUUAGGGUAAAAAAUGUUGGACUAAAGUAAAGCGCUGUUCAUAAAUGAUGUUUUGUAAGCUAAAUGUACAUGGAAAAAUUCAUUAUUCAUCACAAUGCAAAAACAAAAGUUGUUCUGUGUAUAAAAGAUGGGACCCAACUUCAGCAGGGGCGAGCCCUGUGGUUGCCAAAAACUCAGAUAAAAAAUGGUUGUAUGGCGCUCCACAAUGGGAAUCUUAAAGUAAAAAUCCCAUUCAUAUUCUCCAUAGGGAUUUUGAUUAUGAGCCAUAAUGCUGUAGGCAUUGAGAGUAGACUUUCAACGAGCUGUGACGCUAAAAUGAUGGUAUGAUAUCAACCUUGUUUUAAUAAAAUCCUGUGUUAUUCACGAUGUCAUGGAAAAGAAAUUAUUCUUCCCACAAUCCUCAAAGACUGAUGGAUGGAGACCGUUGUUACUAUGGAAGCGUUUAAACCACAAAAUGUCAGGUCACUUGAAAACCCAUGAGUAGUUACUUCACUGUUAAAAGUGAACAAUCUUAUACCUUUGGCUUUUCCAUGUUCUGUUUUUUUGUGAUGCAGAUCAAAUCUUUGUGUGUAGCUGCUUGGCUUGGUUCGGUUCAAGGCUUUAAACUCUUUAUAUAAGGAUCUGAUGAAAUGGCAGUGGAGAAAGUGGAUGGGAGGUUCACUUCCGAAACCGGACCUCUUAAAAAAAAAAAAAAAAAAAAAAAAAAAAAAUAGGUCCUUUGGGAAAUUAUCCUACUGCUGUUUUUUAUUUUAAAAACUUCCACGUGAAUUUAUGCUUAAAAUCGCUGGUUUCAGAUUUGAUUGAAUACAGCGUGGCGGAAAUUAUGGCUCUCUGAGGAUGAAGCCAGCUAUGAGCCUACCUGGUGAUUGAAAAGUCACGACCGCACAUAAAAGUGCAGUGUCCCUCGCUUUUUAAGUCAGGUCCACCCCUCACGUGUGAGGGUUUUAAAACACCAAGAUGGUGACAGCCACUAAACACUGGGUGACGUAAUUGUGGUGGUAUUUUGUAGACUGUGGUGUGGAGAAAGAUGUGCUUUUGUGAUCUUGUAUACAGAUACGAAGCACAAAACUCCAUGUAGAUCGCCACAGAUCAAAGCUCCCAGUAUAAAAUCUGACCCUCUGAUCUGAUUGGAUUUCCUUGAUCUUGAGAUACAUUGUAACGGUCCAAUCAGAAGAGAGAUAGUGAUGGUCGCUUUACCAGUUAUGUUUCUGGCCUAAUUGCUGCUGCAGGUCCCAAAAGGAGAAGUAGAUUUACAAAACGCACUGUUGCAUAGGGCCUUCAGCAACCAGAGGAUUUUGAAAACACACUACACUUUUCAGGAAAUGGAACCAGCUGCUCUCUGAUUGGACACUUUAAGCCCAUACAGAAAACAAUUUUGUGUAGAUUUGUUUUACAAAUUUUCAGAUGUUUAAUUACAACUACAAACUUUAGACCUAUCUAUGAGCAUCACAUUACAUGAUCAAACUCUCACUGCUUGCUAAAUCCAAAGGAUCUAGUGGACUGUGUCCUAAAAGUGCAUCUCUGCCGCAGUUUCCUUGCGUGUUGUGCGUUAUGUCACACUGUUAAAAUCAGCUCUGGUGUAAGAAAAGUUGUAAGGAAGAAGUGUCAACUUCAUUUAAGCAAGCAAGCUCACAGUCCUCCUGACUUUGCCUUCUUGUGGACCAGAAGGCGAGCCGCACUGUUGAGUGUUAGGUACACCUGUGUGUGUGCUGGCCCUGCCGCUGCUUCUAGCCAUCUUUCAAUGGAAGGUUUUAUCACACACCAUACUUGGUAUUUACUUUAAAGUGACAGAUGUGUUGUUUCUGCCUCUUUGCUUUUAUGGGUGUGCUUGUUUGCCGCUACCAAGUAAGAGAUGAAGGUGCACUCAGAGCUGGCUGCAGUAGUGUAAACAGUGUGCUGCUGUGUCCAUAAUGAAACUCUGUGGAAUGUAUCCGGCUUCUGUGUCCAGAGAGGAGACUCUGCUGUGAAACCCUGUCAACUGGCAUUUUAACCACGUUAAUCGUGUUUAUCACGGUAGCGCUAAGGUGCUCCAAGUGGAUCUGGUAUUGCUCUGGCUCAGUUUCUGCUGUGUCUCCUCUCUGUCUGGGAAACCUUGCAGACCGAAUUACCACUGUACUCAUGGUACUUCGUGGUACUUCGGUAUACCCAGCAUGAGUUAGUCUCCACCUAAACUGUGGCAAGAAAACACACUUGUAUAUUUACGAUUAUAAUUAAAGGACUAAAUAUAAUGCAACAUGCAGCAUUAAAAAGUAGUCAUGAGUCAUGAGUAACCUGAGCAGAGCUUACGCUACCAGUGUGAAGGAGGGGCUGAUUACAGCCCCUUAUAUACCUUUGUGAUACCACUCCCAUAGUUGGGCAUGUCUGUGUUGAUAAGAGCUCCGAUUGCUUUCAACUUUCCUCAGUUCACCACAUUGUGCACUCCUUCAGUUGCUCAGACCCUGGACACUUUUUCAGAGGAUUGUCGUGAUCUGUAUGCUUUGUUGGCGGACCUCGAGUCCACAACAUCCCACAUCUCGAAACACCCCCUUUUCCUGUCUGAAGAGGCCGCCUACUCUUUUCCUGUGCGGGGUCAGACCCAGCAAGACAUCUGCUCUCCAUCCCAAGUCCCACCUACUCCCUCAGACCAAGCUCUGAAUGGAGUAGAAGAAAUAGAGUCUGUCGGCACAGCGCAGAGAAGUCCUUGGUCUAGAGAUAGUAGCAGUCUAGGCCAACCCACUGGUGGAGAGGACCACGUGUACAGUCUCCCUAAUAAACAUAAGAGCAGUGACUCAUCAGCUGGUGCAAUGAACUCACUGGGCAGCAACCUGUCUGAGCUGGACCGCCUGCUGUUGGAGCUCAACGCUGUGCAGCAAAGCACCCCUGCCUUCGCCACAGAAGAGGAAGCUGCUCCACCGCUGCCGGGCAGCAGCAUUGUCCACCACGUACAGGAGAAUGGAGUCUCCACUGCAGGUAAAGCCACUGUGGUGGAGAAGCCCAAACGUAGUGGACCCACUCGAGGAAUCGAGGACGUUCGACCAAGUGUGGAGAGCCUUCUGAAUGAAUUGGAAAGCUCUGUCCCAGCACCACAUCCCACACCGUUGGUGGUGUCAGAUGAGCAAACAGAUGGACAAGAAACGCUGUCACAACAACAAGCCAGAAUGUCUGCCUCCUCUGCCACACGAGAGCUGGAUGAGCUAAUGGCCUCCCUGUCUGACUUCAAAGUGCAAAGCAAUUCUGGCUCUCAGGUGUCUGUCAAUCAAGAUGCAGUUGACCCAUUAUUAGUUGCUGGUUCACCGGUUAUCCACCCAAUAACUAACCCACCAAUAACGCCUCAGAUUGGUUCCCCUGAUACUCCUCUACCCAAUAGUUACACUGCUCCGUCCUGUACACCACUCCCACUGGAACUCCACAUAGAUGAAGAUGGUGGUUCAGCUCUUGCAUCUUCACCUCUUUCUGCUGUAGUAAUAGCAUCAUCUAAGAGCCUUCAGUACUCUCAGAUCCAACAGAAGGCUGAUGAUGGCACUGUCACUUCUGAGAUCUCACAUGUUGAGAGCUUUAGUUUUUUCAGUACUGUAAAAACCUCCAGUGAAACUGAAGUUGACACCCCCACUCAUAUAAUAACUAAAGAGUAUGCUAGUCCAGGUGCUGCUGCCACGAGCUCCAAACCCGUGGUUGUUUCUAAAAGUCCUGUUACAGUCUCUAAAAGCCCGAGUCCCACUGUUAAAGGCAAGAGUCCCAGUCCUCCUGAUGUUGAAUGUAAAAGCCCGGUCCUUAAAAGUCUCAGUCCUGCUCCUGUAAGUCACAGUCCACAAACAGCAAUACAGAGGGAUAGCCCAGUUACCGUGCCAACCACCAUGGAAACAGUGCCCAAGUCAGCUAGUCCAUUAACACUUCCGAGACUUUCAAGUCCAAAGAUUUCAAGUCCUGUAACAAUUCCUAAUAUCUCUAGUUCUCCAGCUGUAUCUAAAAGCUCCAGUCCUGAAACAGUCCCAAAAGAUACUUGUCCUAAGAGUCCUGCUCCAGUUAGGGGAAAAACAUACACAUUUCCAAGCAGCAGCAGUCCCACAGGGUCUCCAGUUUCGGUCGCCACUGUGCCAUCAAGUAGCUUGUAUGCACCUCUUAUAGAAAGUCAGGGAGGCGAAGUGCUGGGUUUCACGUGGCCAUGCCGGAAGCCUUUUUUGGAUGAUACUUUAGAGAAACUCUUAUCAACCGACUCCACUCGACUGGGUGAGAACCAGCCACCGACUGCUUUUGUGCCCGGGGAAGAAGACAGAUCUUGGGAGGAGGAAGAUGGAUUUUAUCCAGAUCUCAGCCUAGAGGGAACCCUGACACCCAUGACUGAGUCCAGCUGGAUGGAUGAGUGCUUUACCCCCUCCACCUGCCCUGGGACUCCAGAUGCAACGCUGGACUUGCCCAUACAGCAGCCCUCUGCUGUUGACCGUCUAUCUGCUUCUGGUCAACUCAAGUCAGUUAUCCGCCGCACCAAAGAGACGUCCAACGUGCACCCAAUGUACAGGGAGGGAAUGUUGAGACGUAAAAUGGGACCAAUCAUUAUAAAUAAAAGCAACUCGCAAGAUCGACUUAUUGAAGAGCUGCAGGGCAAACUGGGGAUCGGGAGGUUGGAGCGCAGGCGUAAACAACAGCCCGAUGACUGGUUGACGGAGGGAGUCAUUGUUACAUCCAACCCACAGCGGACACGAGAGGAAGGGAUUCAGCCAUCUGUGGAUAAGAUCAUCAUCCCUCCUGAAUCACCCGCCCCACAGAGAAAAGUCCUUCCCCCUCCACUGUCUCCCCCAGUUCUCAAAAAGCCACCCCCCAUCAAGCAGACUCCUCCGCCACUACCUCCUCCCCCUCCAACCCCACCUCCUCCUCGAGAACCUACCCCUCCACCUCCCAAGGAACCUAGUCCUCCGCCUCUUCCUCCUCCUCCUCCCCCACCUCCUCCUCCUCCCAGGGAGCCCACACCUCCCCCUGUCCAACCUCCUCCAUCACCUAGCCCUCCACCCAAGCCGGUCACGCCACCCCCGCCUGCCAAGCUCUUUGUAUCAGUGGGUUGUCAGACAGAGUACGACCCCAUCUUUCCACCGAUUCAGGCACGGAUCACCUUUCUUCCAUCUUCCUCCUCUAACUUCAUUCUUUCCACUUUCUGUCACACUUUGAAUUGUUUUAUUGAGCUUGUUUGUUGGCUACUUGGAUAUGUAUGGGCGUUAAGGAAUUUGUCCAGACACUUGUUCUGUUUUUGGCCCUUGGUGUCAAACAGGUAACCUCAUGAAGGCUUUGUCUGCAGUCCAGUCACAGGGGUGCUGACAUUCAGGCUAGAAGGACUGAGCCCACAUUCUAAUUCUGACAUCCAGUGGCGCCAAGAACAGUGUGUUAGAGUGGAGAGGAGAAUUUAAGAGCUUAGAGGAAAGCAGAGUGUAACUCCCUGAUAUUCCCGUUACACUAAGAGUCCUGCCAUGCAUAGGAAUGGAAGGAUUGCAGUGCCACUGAAACCUAAUCUGCCGCAUGACAGCACAGUUACCGUCACAAUUAUAGCAUGUCUCACAAGACUUAAGUCAACAUGUCCCAUUAUGUCAGACACCAACCAGUUGAAGCUGAAUUUCUUAUACAAUCAUGCUUUUAGGAAAAAAAGCUUUGUUAGAACCUGAAGAAUAGCACAACCAUGGUGAAAUACCCAGGAAAAGGCUGUGUUUAAUUUUAUCAAAUGUAUGGAGGCCGUGGGUGUGGGUGGUGGGGGCAUGCAGCAUAGGUGCUAUUUUCUCCUUCAGUGGAAUGUAGGAGUCAUGAAGCUCCAAUGACAACACCACCUGAGAAGGUCUGUGUUUGCUUGCAUUACAGUCACCAGACACAUUUACACAUACAUGUUAAUAUUUGAGGCCUGUUAACAUAGAUUAGGGCUGAUCUAGGUGGAACUGUUGGAGCUCAGACUUCAUAGGCCAUCAACUACAAAGACAGUAGAGACGUUGAGGUGACAUAUAGCACACAGGUAGCCAUUGUAGCUUCCACUGUCUGCAUCCACUUGUGGUCAAAGCAACUACACCUCUAAUAAUCCUUUAAAAAACUAUAAACUUAUAGUUCCUGCAUUUUAGCGUUGAGUUUUCAUUCCUGGAGGUUUCUAGGUUUCUUUGUAGUUUACAUGUAAGUCUCACACCUCAAGGGUCCCUGGUUCAAAGCCAGGAGGAGACACAAAUCCCUUUGGGGCUGCAUCAGGAAGGGCAUCCAGUGUGAAAAUCUGCCAAAUAAAAUAUGCUGAGCCAUCUGCUGUGGUGAGCCCUUGUGAAUAAGAGGGCAGCCAAAGGAAGCUUUUUAAAUUAAUAAACUCUCAGAAAAUUUUAUGUUUAUACUAUAUCGACUUCCAGAAAGCACCACUGCGACUUUAAAAUUGUUCCUCUGUGUGCAAUUUAAAUCCCAGUUACAAAGACAGCUACAUGAAGUCAAGUAAGUGUGCAAGAAAAAUGAAAACACAAAAUGUAGUAGUGGUGCGAUUCACUCACACUAACUGAUAUUAUACUGAGGUUGUUUAUUGAAGCUUCUGAAUGGUGUAAUUAAACACUUUGCUUUUCCAUCUC